CCCAACAGCCACCCAGGCCGCCUCUCGGCUCGCGGUCUGCGGACACAUGCUCGGAGUCGGGGGCCUCCGCCAAUAGCUGCCGUGCCGUGCCGGGUCGCAGCCGCACGCUAGCGGGGUCAACGGCGCGGCGAGCGCAGGGGUCCUCGCCAAGGUUCGGAGGAGGACCUUGAAGAUGGCUUCCGGGCAUACGCCACAGCGGCCGUUACCAGACGCAAAACCGACGCCUCGGAGCUGAGAGCCUAGAGGGACAGAGCUCGGCGCACCAUGGGACUCCCGGGGCCCAAGGCCGACCGUGAGAGCGCACGAGGUUGGCCAGCCCCGCGAGGAAGCCCAGGCGCAGGUGUGGGCGCUGGCGUAGCCGCGGCAGUAGCGUCACGCAGCGAGGCCGCGCGUGCGCGGGCGUCAGGGCGGCUCUGAGUUGAGGACGCCGGCGGCACGGCGCCGAGCUUUGCUCUUUCGGUUGGGCAUGUUUCUUACCGCAAGGUGAUGGAAGCGACGGCCAUUACAAAGACAGAAGCGUUGGCUUCAGUGAGCAGGGUUUCGUUAUACUAGUUGGUGACUAACAUGUUGCCUAGAUUCGAGACUAAAGUCUAGUUGUUGGAGACACAUGUGCAAUAGAGAACCAAAAUUUAAAUUCAAGUUCGUGAGAGAAUUGGACAGAUGUUGGAGCAUCUCUAGUUUAUUAUCAAGGACACUUUUUUCCCCCUCGAAAUUUCAUUUUGACGCUGAGUCAGUGUUGAUUUUCUCAAAUAGAGCCUGAAGGAUAAAUCUUCGUUUUUGUUUCAACAAAACUUGGAAACAAAAUGGAAGAAAAUAACCCACAGUGCAGUAGUGUGGUUGACGGUAAUUUUGAAGAAGUUCCCAGGGAGACAGCAAUUCAGUUUAAACCUCCACUAUACAGACAGCGGUACCAGUUUGUUAAAAAUUUAGUGGAUCAACAUGAGCCUAAGAAGGUUGCAGACCUGGGAUGUGGUGAUACUUCACUCUUAAGGCUGCUAAAAGUCAAUCCAUGCAUUGAAUUGCUUGUUGGAGUAGAUAUUAAUGAGGAUAAAUUACGAUGGAGAGGGGAUUCGUUAGCUCCUUUCAUGGGGGAUUUUCUGAAACCUCGGGAUCUGAAUUUGACCAUCACAUUGUAUCAUGGCUCCGUCGUGGAGAGAGAUUCUCGUUUGCUUGGAUUUGACUUGAUAACGUGUAUUGAAUUAAUAGAACAUUUGGAUUCAGGUGAUCUGGCCAGAUUUCCUGAAGUGGUAUUUGGGUACCUGUCUCCAUCCAUGAUUGUCAUCAGCACACCAAACUCUGAAUUCAAUCCCCUGUUUCCAUCAGUGACCUUAAGAGAUUCGGAUCAUAAAUUUGAGUGGACCAGAAUGGAGUUUCAGACCUGGGCUUUAUAUGUGGCAAAUCGCUAUGAUUACUCUGUGGAGUUUACUGGUGUUGGGGAACCACCAGCUGGAGCUGAAAAUGUUGGAUACUGUACCCAGAUAGGAAUCUUCCAGAAAAACGGAGGAAAGGCAACAGAAGCAUGUGUUUCAGAGCAGCAUGAUCAGCAUGUUUAUAAAGCUGAGAAUUCUUCAGGCCCCAUGACUUCUGUCCGAGUUAGCCUACGGUAUCCUUUGAGACUGCCUGGCCCUUUGGUGUGUUUCAAGGUUUUUACCACCUCAUACCCGAGCUUACAGCAGGAAAGAUUCUUUAAACUUGUGUUGGUUAAUGAGGUGUCCCAACAAGUGGAAAGCUUAAGAGUGAGCCACCUGUCAAGGCGGAAAGAACAGGAUGGGGAACGGGGUGAUAAGCCCAAAGACAUUGGCGGCUCAAAGGCCCCUGUCCCAUGCUUUGGACCAGUCUUCACAGAGGUUGAGAAGGCCAAGAUCGAGAACUCUCCCAAACCCUUCUGUGUUGGAGAUAAAUUUUUCGUACCUCUGCAGAGACUCCUUGCUUAUCCCAGGUUGAACCGCUUAUGUGCUAAUGAAGAGAUGAUGAGAUCCGUCAUUGCUGACUCAAUUCCUCUGAGCAGUGAUGGUUCUGCAGUGGUGGCUGACCUGUGUAAUUAUUUUGAUGAACAGUUUGAGUUUUGAACCAUGUUUAUUUCCUGAAAUUUCAGGGUCUCAGUGAUAGUUGUGCUCAGUUAGAUUUUAGGUUUUUUUUGUGUGUGUGUAAUCCUAAUUCAAGUAAUGUUUUUAAAGUUUCACUGCAAAAGUCUGUGUUCCAAGCCAUUGGACAGACCUGCUUGACAUAUGGCCAGACUGCAGUAAAGCCCUGAGAAAGAUAUUAGGGUUUAACUAAAAACAGGUGCUUUCCUUUAAUCUUGGACUUUUUUGUUUUCUCAAGAAUAAAAAGUUGGAUGUGGUAAUAUGUUAA